AUGGUGGAGACUCAAUACAAGGCAGUUGUUAAGGGCGUUCGUUCUGAUAAUGCUCCUGAGCUGAAGUUCACUUCUCUGUUCAGGCAAAAGGGUAUAAUCUCGUAUCAUUCGUGCCCUGAAACACCAGAGCAAAAUUCGGUGGUGGAGAGAAAGCAUCAACAUAUACUUAAUGUUGCUCGCUCUCUGAUGUUUCAGGCUCACAUUC